AUGAGGAUUUGGGGCAGGGGUGCAGCCUCAUGGCGCACUCUAUUGUUCGUUCUGUCAUGGACAACGACGACAUUGGCAAAGGAUGAUGGACCUACAAUCAAGGUGUCCAAGUUCAAGCACCCGCCGCUGAACAUGAAUUACUUCGAAGACUCAGACGUGGUACUGUUUCAUGACAUGUCCGAGAACAACAUUUAUCGAUCCGACGAUGCUGGAGUCUCUUGGGGAAAAGUCGCAGGCGUUCCUGAUGGCGUCGCGUAUACCCUGGCCAUGCACGAGUUUGAUAACAGCCGGGCCUUCAUCAUCACCGACCGCAGAGAACACUUCAAGACCACCGACCGUGGCAAGUCCUGGGAGAAAUUUGACAGCGCCGCCCAGACGAGCCGAUACCGAGACCAGAUCCUCAGCUUUCACGCCGGUGAUCCCGAUCGCGUGAUUUUCAACGGCAUGGAUUGUGCAGGCAUAUUCUGUAACGAAGUGGCCACGUACACAACCAACAAUUUCAAGGAGGCGAAGACACUCAGGGGCUCGACCGAGGGCUGCUGGUGGGCCAAGUCCUCCGAGCUGUUCACCACUGGCAAGGACGAUCUCGACCGCCAGCGCGUCCUCUGCAUCGGUGCCGACUCGAUUUCGCCUUUCAAGGAGGAUCAGCGACUGUUCAUCUCGGACAACUUUUUCGAGAAGAUCGACGGCCAGGUACAACAAUUUGAGCCGAACCUGGAUACGAAUCACGGCAUUCAGGGAGUCGUCAACCUGGCCGUCGUCAAGAAGUACUUGCUGGUUGCCACAACAUCGAUCAACACAGACGAAAUGUCUCUCUUUGUCACCGACGACACUCUCAAGUGGCACCGCGCCAUGUUUCCGGCGGCGCACGGCCACAAGGUCAACCAGGGCGCCUACACUGUCCUCGAGGGCACCAACUACAGCAUCCAGGUCGAUGUCAUGAACACCCGUCCCUCAAACCCCAUGGGUGUUAUGUUCACGAGCAACUCUAAUGGCACCUUCUUUGUCGAGAACCUCGAGCACACGAACCGUAACGAGAGGGGCAAUGUCGACUUUGAAAAGAUCUCGGGCAUCCAGGGCAUAUUCCUCGUCAACACCGUCAAGAACUGGGAGGACGUUGAGAAGCACGGCGGCAGCAGGAAAGAAGUUGUCACUCAAAUCACGUUUGAUGACGGCAGGACUUUCCACGAUAUCAAGGCCGGCGACGAUCGAGUCCACUUACAUUCAGUGACUCACCUUGACAAUGUCGGUCGGGUCUUCUCGAGCCCUGCACCAGGCCUCGUCAUGGGUGUUGGCAACACGGGUGGCUCGUUGAAUGAUUUCGAAGAGGGAAACCUGUUCGUCUCGGAUGACGCCGGUGCCUCCUGGAAGAAGGCUCUGGACGGCCCUCACAAGUACGAGUUUGGUGAUCAAGGUUCGCUACUAGUAGCUGUCAAGGACUCCAAGAAGGACGACGUCGGCGAGGUUAGCUACUCCUUGGAUCACGGUCUCAACUGGAAGACAGCGGCGCUUCCUGAUGGCCUCAAGCUCAAGCCUGAGAUCAUCACAACCACCCAGGACUCCACUAGCCUCAAGUUCAUCCUUGUCGGGUCCUCUGGAGGUGACAACUACCAUGUUGUAGCCCUCGACUUCGGGGGCCUGCAGGAGAAGACUUGCGAGGACAAUGACAUGGAAGACUGGCCAGCCAGGGACGCCGACUGUUUCCUGAAGAAGGAGUUCAAGGACCCGAUUCCCAAGACUGAGGACUGCGAGUGCUCCGACGCGGAUUUUGAGUGCGACUACAACUUUAUUCGAAAGGAUGGCGAAUGCGAGAAGGCUGGACCGAUAGUUGCCCCCGAUGAGGCUUGCAAAAACGCUGGCCCUGACACCAGUUUCAAGGGAUCUUCGGGCUGGCGCUUGAUACCCGGCAACACGUGCAAGCGAAAGGACGGCUCGCAGAAGGAUGACCCGGUUGACAGAAAAUGCUCCGACGUUGUCAAUUCCCCGGCGCCACCUGCAAGUGGAGAUAUCACUGCUACACAGCACAUUUUCAAAGAUACCAAGCUCAACGACUUUGAGAAAAUCUAUCUUGAGCGCGGCGACUCGAGCUCCGACUCGGACGAGACCGUCAUUGCAAGGGCAGUUGAGUAUGAAAAUGAUGGUUCGAUGAGGGUCGAGCAGCGCGUGUACCGCACGCGGGACCACGGCAAGAAGUGGGACGAGAUCUUGGAGAAGGAGGAAAUUAGGGGCAUCUAUCCUCACCAAUAUUUCAAGGACGCCGUUUUCUUCACCACCAAGUCGAGGAAAGUUUGGUACACGAUCGACCGUGCCGAGCACUUCCACGAGUUUGAGGCUCCUUCAGACCCCGGCUCCGGUAACCCACUGUCGUUCCAUCCUGACAAGAAGGACUGGCUCAUCUGGGUAGGCCAGAAGUGCGAGAAGGUGGACGGUAAAGAACAGUGCUUCAAGGAGGCCUCCAUUUCCAGGGACCGAGGCGACAACUGGCGGACGGCGCUGCGUUACGUUCAAAAGUGCGAGUUCACCGGCCGCUCCACCUACAAGUUUAGAGAUAUGCGGCAGAUUGUAUGUCUCACCCACAAGCGUGAAGACAAUGAAUCCGACAACCCCAAAGUUAUCGUGUCGAGCAAUGACUUUUUCGAAGAAGAUAAGCAGGUGCGCGAGUCGAACGUCAAGGACUUUGCGACUAUGGCCGAAUUCAUUGUUGUCGCAGCCGAGGACAAGGAGCAGAAGGGACUUCGAGCGCUGGCCAGCCUUGAUGGUGAAACGUAUGCCGCAGCUCAUUUCCCCUACAACUUUGAGGUGUCUCAUCAGAACGCAUACACCGUCCUUGACAGUUCUACGCAUGCGGUAAACCUGUUUGUGGCUACUCAGUUGGAGAAGAAUCAGCGCCAGGGCAGUAUUCUCAAGAGCAACUCAAACGGCACGUCCUAUGUCAUGAGCGCUCCGAAGGUCAAUUGCGACAACAAUUACUUUGUCGAUUUCGAGAAGAUUAUUGGGCUUGAAGGCGUCGUGCUCAUCAACUCGGUGACGGGCAAGGACAAGAAGGGCAACAAAAUCCUGCGCACUGAGAUCUCCCACAACGAUGGAUCGCAGUGGGCAUAUCUCCCGCCGCCCAAAGCCGACGUCAACGGCAAGGCAUACGGAUGCAGCAGCACUUAUGGUGACGAAAAGUGCGCACUUCACCUCCACCACUACACUGAGCGUCUCGACAAAAAGAAGACAUUCUCAGCCGCCAGUGUGGCUGGUCUCAUGUUUGGCUACGGCAACAUUGGAUCGAGCCUGGGUCCGAUCGAGGAGGCAGAUACCUUUAUGACGACGGAUGCCGGCAUCACAUGGAAGAGCGUCAAGAAGGGCGCCUGGACAUGGCAAUAUGGCGACCAGGGUUCCAUUGUCGUUUUGGUGCCGCGUUCGACCGAGGACAAAAAGGCCAAGACCAAGUCUAUCUCGUACACGACCAACGAGGGCAAGGACUGGAAGGACUUUGAAUUCAGCCAAGAGGAGGUCACGAUACUCGAUAUCACCUCGAUUCGUACUGGCAGCUCGCGCAACUUUCUCCUGUGGUGCAGGUCAAGCGAUGGCAAGACCUUCUCCGUCAAUCUUGACUUCACUGGCUUGACGGAUCGUCCCUGUGUGAACCCGGAGAGCGGAGACUCAGACUACUACCUCUGGUCGCCCACGCACCCUCUCCAAGACAAUGAGUGUGACUACAACUUUGAGCUUGACCCCCAUAAGCAGUGCAGCCUCGUGCCCGGCAAGAAGCCUCUGUCCGCAGAGCAGUACUGCAAGGAGAACCCGGACGCCGUAUCUUACUACGAGCCGACAGGCUACCGCCGCAUUCCUUUGACAACGUGUGUCGGCGGCACGGAGCUUGACAAGAUAUCCGAGGCCCACCCGUGCAAGGGCAAGGAAGAAGAAUUUGAAAAACUACGCGGCACAUCGGGCGUUGCCAUUUUCUUCGCCAUCGUCAUACCCAUCGGCAUCGCGGCCGCCGUCGGCUGGUGGGUGUGGCGCAACUACGGCAGCCAGUUUGGGCAGAUCCGUCUCGGUGAGUCGAGCGGUUUUGACAAUGACGCGCCGUGGGUCAAGUAUCCCGUUAUCGCCGUGUCGGCGGCCGUGGCCGUCGUGGCGGCCCUUCCGCUGCUCGGCUCGGCGCUCUGGCGGACGGCAUCGUCAGCGUAUGAGCGGGUGAGCGGCGGCGGCAGCGGCGGCGGCAGCUGGCUUAACGGCGGCGGGCAGAGGCGGUUUACCACGAGAGACAGUUUUGCACGGGGGCGCGGGGACUAUGCAUCUGUUGACGAUGACGAAGGCGAGCUUCUGGGUGACGACAGCGAUGAGGAGGUCUGA